UGUGUGAGAGAGAGAGCGUGAAUGAUUCAGCAGCUCGGAGCGGCAGCAGCUCCUACUCGGCUCUCUAUCAAGAAGAGCAGCGCCAGCUCUCCGCGGAUUUAACCAAACCCGCAUUCUCACCUAGUCGCGCGAGGGGCAGAGGCAAACCCCUGCAGGUGACAAGCAUCUCUCGGAGACCCCGUGCUGCAGCGUCCACAGGCCCCGGGCGGGGAGCAGAGGAGACCGCAGGCUCCCGCAGCUCCUCAUCCCUUCUCUUCCCGGUUCUCCGGGAGGAUUUUUUACCGCUCUUCACCGUCCUAAUUAGGAGUCGUGUGUCUCCGUCAGACUGACUCCCGUUGGAUUCAACUAUAACACAUCUGAACCUACUGACUGUUGAUUUAAAAAAAAAAAAAAGAAGAAAAAAUUAAAAUAACAGCGGCGACAUUUCCGGGAUUCUGGUCUGGGUCUGAUGCUCGUAGUGUCUGCAGCUCUCCUGACUCUCCAUGGUGAAGUGGGCGGAGUCUGAUGUCAGCCCCACCUCUUGUUGACCGCCCCGCCAUGCCCACCAUGGUUUCCAGGCUGCCGAAGUUCGGCUUCCGGCCCCGGUCCCAGACGGCUCCUGCAGCAGUGGCUCCUGCAGCAGUGGCUCCUGCAGCGGCGGCUCCGCCCGGCGGAGCUGCGACCGCCGCUGGCAGAGCUCGCCUCACCAACGGAUUCUACCACCACCCCGGACCGGCGGGUGUUUCCGUGCCCCCGUCCUCUGCAAAGCAGAACGGAUUCAUCCGAGUGCCGUGUUCAUUUUCCGCAAAAUGGAGGAGGGAAAAUGCAGCUGAUGGUGACGAGAUAAUGGCCGGAGAGGCUGAGUGCAAGAGAGGGAAAGGUGGGAACGAUGUCCAGACUCGUAGCAACUGCCAGCCGUAUUUCUACCUGCACGAUGCCAGAAAACACACCACAUCCACCGCAGCGAAAGGGCGUGGCCAGCUUACAUCGUAUUCCUCGUCAUCAUCAUCCCCAUCUCCACAAUCCAGCCCCAGGGCUCUUCCUGUUUCUAAAAAUGGAUCAGGAGGUUCCAAACUGACUCCAAACUCUUCUGUACUGUCCAAGCAGAGUGUAAACGCAAGUCCCGGAUCCAAAGCAGGGACGAAGGCGAUCACUUCUCUGAGGCCCCCUCAGAGUUUUGUUCGCCUGACGGGUAUGAGGCCCGGCUCGGGCCCUGCGUCUCGAUCAGGUUCCCCGCUCCUAAAAAAGCCAACAGCUAGCCGCUCCCAUUCCAGCGACAACCUGGGCUGCGCCGCUUCCGCGCAGCUGACUGAAAGCGACCGCUUCCGCUCCCGGAGCCUCACCCAGGUCCGACAGCAGGCCUCUCCCACCCUCAACCGGACCGCCGCCUCUCCCCACAUGUCCCGCCCCUUCUCCACCAACAGGGCCGCCCAACGGGUUCCCCCCGUCUCCACCUCACAGGCUCCUCCUAGAGGCAGCUUGUUGAAAUCACCUGUGAGCAGAGCCGCUUCAGGCAGGGUGGCUGGCAGUGCCCCCUCCCAGCUGCCACAGUCGGCCCUAAGGAAGCCUCUCUUGCCGGGUCCGACCUCCAGGUCCAGCGGCAUCAGCUACAAGCUGUCCCGCCCGUCGAUCGUCAAGCAGUCCAGACCCCUUCGAGCAAAAGGAACCAGCAUGUGCAGAAGUGAACAGGAAGUCAACAGAGGACCAACGAGACGAAAGAACUCUGUGGAGACGCCUUCAUCUACCGAAAACAGCCCAGAAAACACUCCAGACGCUGCGGAGAUGGAGCAGCUUUCUGACGACCUUGCGUCCCAGGGAAUGGGAUCGAUUGUCGGUGAGACGCUUGAGGACAUGUCCCUGUCCUCCACUUCCUCCCUGGACCGGAAUGACAUCAGCCAGGAAUACAUGGAUGACUUUGACAACCUCGGAAACGGAGGGGUUGGCAUCUUACUGUUUUCAUCCAAAAACGAAGAGGAUGACUCAGGACUCGACCAGUCGUGCACCAGGCUAGAUGAUGACAGGGACGCGAUUAGCAAGGUCGCCAAGACAACAGGACUGUGCUUCCUAGAUGAUAGUCUGGACUGGACUUCCAUCAGAGGUGAUAAAGACGAGCACCGACUUAACCAACUUGCCCGUCGGAGAAAGUCAAGUCAGCCUGACUUUCAUGAACAGGGCGGCUCCUCUCUGGACCUGUCCCCCUCUGACAGCUGCGGUUCUGGGGGUACCUACAUGUGGGACGAGGAAGGUCUGGAGCCUCUGGGGGGCGCCACCACGACAGCCUCCAUCCACACCAACAGCAACACCACCCACCACAUCGGGAGCUUCGACUCGGACAUCAACAGCAUCGAUCUCUUAAACAACCUGGACUCUUGUGAUCUGGCUGACGAUGACCUCAUGCUGGACGUAGAUUUCCCAGAGGACUCCUCGCUGCAUAGCGAUGGAGAGGGGCUGUCCAGUAUGGCUCAGUGGAGAAGAAGACAGCUCUGUUGGGGAACGCAGGACAACGACGUUGAGAGUGAUAUCCAGUGCUACAAACUCUCUCAGGACCCUGAAACAAAGGAAGAUAAGCUCAGGUCGGCCUGUUGCUCUCCGGCUCCUCAGACUCUGGGCCUGGAUGUGGAGGAACUCGCUGAGGACUGCUCCGCAGUCCGGUCACAGCUGGAGUUCCUGCAGAGGUUGUUGCUGCAGGAGGAGGACUUGGACGACGACACUCUGACCACAGACACUCUUAGUCCAGAAACAAAUGACUUGUCUCACAGUUCAGACUCGCAGGUGGAGGCGCUCCUGCAGGAGGUGCAGCAGCUCCGGGAGGAACUGAGGAGCCGAGACCGGACCAUUGCACAACUAACCAUGCAACUGACUGUGUGUGUGCAGACUGUUCCCACACUGACCACCAGGUGUCGCUGUCAGGAGGUGUCUGAAAGGAUGGAGCAGCAAACGCAGACAAGUGUGACAAAAAGCGAGUGUGUGGCCUCGCAGACACCGUGGAGAGAACACACUUCACAGGUAUUUCACUCCUCCCAUCAGGAAGACCAGGAACCACUGACAAACCAAGCACCGCCUUCAGGUAACCCCGCCCACGCUGAAAUGCUCCCUGACGGUCUCCCCCCAUCUUUUAAACCAAUCGCCGCCACCUGCACAACCCCAACAAGAACAGCGGACGAUGGAAACCCACAGAAGAAGCCGGGGAGGGAGGAAGAAGACACGGAAAGGAGAGGGACCGGUUCCAGAUCCCUGAUGCCUCUGCACCCUUCCAAGCUCCGCCUCUUCCUGUCUCAUGCUGCCAACGGCUCUGCCCUAGCAUCCCCGAAGGCGAGGCCGUCGAGGCAGCUGUUGGAUCGUGUCAACUCUCCGGGGCUGAAGGCGAAAGCCUUCGGCUCCGGAUCGUCGCGUCUCCCCAAACCAAAGAGCUACUGAGGCGGCGGGCGAUCAAACACGCCGACUGACUGUAUCCGUCCUGAAUCCUCAUAUUACUUAAUGUUGGUAUUCUGAGCUCAGAUUAAACAAAAAAGCACUACAUUAGGAAGACUGAUACCACCCGGAUCUCGGAAGACAUCACCGAUAAAAAAACAUGGAUUUGUGCCUUUGAUUUGGAAGACGCCGUCUCACAGCGGAUCGCUGGAACUGGACGUCAUUUAAAGUCUAACCUGAGAUGUUUCACAUGCUGCUGCUGCUUACAUUUUAAUCUUUAUUGGUCCUCUGAUGAGUUUCAGACUGACUGCGCCCAGCCUCUGUGAGAGGAAAAGUGUUCGCGUUAAUUUAAAUGAAGUCUCCGACAUGAGACCCGGCCUUCUUUGCAUUCCAUCGAACACUGGAUGCAAAACAAAAUAUCUAAUAUCUUCAGUUCACCUUCAGCAACACACCCUCUCUCCUUUUUUAACCGCUGGUCCAAUUGUUUCUCCCUUCCCACAACCACAGAAGAGACAGAACCCUUCGUCCUUCUGUCAUCUCUUCUUUCAGACAACCUUGAAAGAAGAGGAAACUUUUUCUUCUGAAGCUUUUGAGCCUCAAACUUUCUUCUUCUUGGUUAAAUCCCCAGCUUCUCACAGGAAAAACUUCCUUCCUAAAGGAAGAGUUUGGAUUUGUCUAGCUGUUGCUUCCAGUAAAACCUUCUUCCAGACUAUCCGGUUUAGCUGCACUGCAAAAACACAAAAUCUUAGCAAGUCUUUUUUUUAUUUGUCUUGUUUCUAGUGCAAAUCUCUUAGCUAUGUUUAAUUUCAAGUGUAUUACCUUAAAAGUAACUUUUAAGAACUUCUUUUUAAGUCUAUACUUAAUAUUGAUGGAAAAAUACUACUUCCAUUGGCAGAUCUUUAAACUUAAAAAUGAGUGAAAAAAUUUUCCAAUAGAACUAGUUUGUUUUUUUAAAUUGAUAUCAAAGAAGUCUUGACUUAAAACAAGCUGCUAUCUUUCUGAAGGUACUUGUAUGUCAGUUUUAUCUUAUUUUAGUCGAGCUAAGAUAUUUGCAAUAGAAACUGGACAAAAAUACUUGAUGACAUUUAAUGAUUUUUGCAGUGUGGAGAUUGUUUUUUCCCUUUCGCUUUAGAACGCCACUCUGUGAUCUUUUUCUCUCUCGCACUAUGGCCGUACUGUGACGUUUCUCUUAAAGUGUUUGCUCUCAAUCCUUCUCCAAGCUCUGAAGGAUCUAAACCCUUACAGGAGUUAUUUUAUGGUUAACAUUCAGCAGAGGAGCUUGCCAUUUGUUUCACCAUCUUAUUUCUUUCUUUUUUUUGUUCCUCAAACGAAUCCUGACAUUUGAGCUUCGCUUUUGCCGUCUGAAACGGCUUUCAGCCGGAAUGUCACGUUUCCACGGUGCCGAUCUGAAACCGGGACACGUUCCCAGAACCGUUCCUAACAUUUUGCUAAAUCGAGGAGUUAUGCACUCGCCUGGAUUCCUUAAGGAAGUUUGAACCCAGUGACAUUUUCGCUCCGCCGACGCCUCAAACCCACCAGUAAGAUCCUGUGUCAUCCGUAUCGGCAACUAUCUGUCAGCUCUGCCUGCUUUCACAUUAAACAGCGCUGGAAUAAAAUAUGCAACACCGUUAGGGGAAAAAACAACAACAACAACAAAAAAAAACAGAAACGGACGCAGAAAUAUGCAAACUGGCUUCGCUUCAAUGCAACGACUCUAAGUCACAGAUGCUGAUGAAUUUUUAGAAAAGUGAUGACUUUUUAUUAUAUACAAAUAAAAAACGAUGGAUGAUUCCAUCGUUUAGCUCAAGGCUUUAAUGAGAGAAAGAAAACUUUCUGAGAUCACAAACUCCUUAAAUCUGACGCUUUACAUUUUCUGUGAAAUUUUUUUUGCUUUAAUCAAAUACUUUGUUUCUUCUUUGUUUUGGCUUAGACCUUUUAUACAUCCAGCUCACCAGAGAAAAUACAAGUUUUUAAAUGUUUUCGCUGUUUUCCCUUUCUCCCCCCUUUUAUAAAUACAGUAAAAGUUGAUAAAGAGUACGGUAAGCUUUACUCUAAAGAAUCUGAAAUCAGUGGAGGACAAUUCUGUCUGUUGUGAAAUAAUUGAUCCUGAUGCCAAAAAAUAGCAUUAAUUAUUUUUAUCUAAAUUAUUCCAGUUGUCACAGCCCAGAUUUCUUAACAAUAAACAGAUGCAAUAGCUAUUGCAUCCGUGGGAUAAAGUAAUAAAUGCAAAAUAAUUCGGUUCCGUUUUAGAUUUUUAAGCGCGAGUGAGAAUCUUCAACUUGGAUUCCUAAUUUCAGCAUCAUUUAUUAACUAUAUUAAAAUUGCAUUUAGACUUUAACCGAAAGAGACAAAAGUCUCUUCAAGUUAAUUUAGCUACGCAAAUCUAGUAUCGACUGUAGCGCAGCUGUUUUCAAAGACGGAUGUCGCAAAGCCAAAAAUAUUUUUAAUUUUUAAAUGCGUGAUUUAAAAAUUCAAACAAAAUUCAGUCAGCAUAAAGAGCGAUCGAACGUUUGGAUCUCAUCCGGUCCAACUUUGUGUACGUUUUUAUUGUGUUAUGUUUAAGUCAACUUCAGUCUGAAUCUGCAUCUCUGCGUUUUAGCAUCAACAUCCACACUGAAACCACCUUCAUUGUACAUGUGAGCCUGUUUUCAGAGCAGGAAGCGAUAAAUAAAACAAAAAGCUCACACGUUUUGUCAUAUUUCAUCAAACCGAGAUGAAACAUGAGGGGGACAGGAAGUCUACCGACGUAGAUCCAGUUGUGCAUUUUUUCUUUUCCUCUCGUCGUUUUGUUUCCAGGCUAAACAUAGAUGUUUAUGACAGAGUGCUCACCCGCCUUGUGACUCUCUGACCGCCUCUCUAGUUCUCCUCCCUCCCUCGCACCUCGCCUGCUGUAUAAUUUUAUUUAUUCUUUCUUUUUAGCACCAGCCGUUAGUCCAGUAGUGGAACGGCAGCUUCUGCCCGGGUGUAGCCGUUAAAGCGUGUUGCCAUGGCAGCGCAGAUCUGCAGCAGCGUCCGUGUGGAAUCGCAGCACAUCCUCGUGUUUCUUUUGUUGUUCCCUGUUAAAUUAAUCAUCACACACACAUUAAAACCCACGGGUGGUUGGGCGGGUUGUUUUUGUUUUUUUCCCCCCAAAUUUCAUCUUCCACUGGUUUGGAAAAACACAUCAAAGUUUUUCAUUUCCAAAAUGUUUUGUCUGAUUUAAUUUUUCUUUUUUCCCCCUUGAAAGUGCUACGGAAAACAAAGAAAUUCUUGUUAAAAGUUUCUACAUUUCAUUCAGCUUUCCAGGUGUUCAGGCUCCACCUGCGCCCUUCUGACCUUGGUGCGCUUUGUCGUUAAAGUGGGGGAAGGUUCGGACAUGCGGCUGCUGCUAAUGAGUUCUUAUCUGAAGCUCAGAGAGCACAGGCAGGAUUUCUGGAGGAAUCAAAAAAAAAAAAAGCAAGCAGAUUAACAGUUUCUUAGCGAAGGCUUACACUGGAUUAGGCAGGUGAAUAUUCACACAAGCUGUGACGACCGAGAGCUGGAUUAAACCUGAAGGUCCUUUCAUUUUAGGCAGAUUCCUUCACGAUGAGGAGUUGCUGCUGAUCUGGCCUCGAAGCGCGGCGGUGUCCAGCCAAACACGGCCGAGCUGCUCACCACCGACGCUCUGCUGUGUUUACAAACACUUCCAGCUUCUGUUUAUCUUUUUCUUUUUCCUGAACGUUUUGGGAAAAGUCUGGAAAUAUGCGUGAGCAUGAACUCAGACAAUCAAACCCGACGAGGUAAACGUUUUGCACGCAUACGUAAAGUAUUCGCCCCUUGGAGAAACCGUAGUCCUGAAUAUUUAGUCGUCUGACCAAAAAUUUAUUAACUCUUUUUUCUUUCCAGUGAAUCGACUUAGUGAAAUCAACCCUAACUUAUAAAAACCUUUGUCAUUUGUCCUUUUUUUUAUGAUUUCCACUAUAAACUGUUGAAAUCAUGAUGAUGUUGAGUGUUAACACUAACUGAACCUGCUGAGGGAAAAACAUCAAUGUCUCAUUGUUAUCCAUCUUGUCCCAAACUCUUCAACUCUCCUUAGUUUAAGUUUAUCCUCAACCAGUGUCACCAUUCUUUAUUAUUUGAACAUUUUUCCUUUGCUUCAUCUUUUAUGGUUGUAAAUUGACUGAUGACUUUAUAUAUUAAGCUGAAUAAGUGAAACUUCUUUGUCUGGCACGAGUUUUUAAAAAAAAUUUUUUACCAGACAAAUCUCUGAGCACCAACGUUUUGUGACGCAUGUCCUCCAUACUUGUCCCCAGUAACUUAUUAAAACAAGUUUCUUGAUUUCAUCUCGGUUCAACAGACAUCUUGACAGCAAAACAUCAAAUCUGUUUGUUUUGUUUUGUUGUUUUUUGGUGAAGUUUCACUAAAAAUGCUCCUGCUCAAUAAACGUCCCAACUAUGGAUAAACUGGUGAAACCUGGAGAUCGCUUCCUCGUCCCCCCUUCCUCCGACAGCUUGGAAAUGUUCGUCUUUGUCCUGUCCUGUUUUCACGCUCUGGACGUCUCAAAUCAGAACCUGGGGUAGAUUUAAACCUUUAAUUUAAACCACAUUUUCCAAAUAAACGGGAGGAACUGAGGAAUAAAAGCAGAGCUCUCUGCCCAACGGAGUUCUCCGGGUGUGUCGGUGUUGUGCGGGUUCCCAGAAUAAGCUUUACAUGCAGGUGAACAUGUGUCUGUAUAUUUCACUGUAAAUUAUUAACGGAAGUUCAACAAGUUAAUGUGCGCUAUGUGUAUCCAUGAUAUUCACUGCAUUGUGUGUGUGUGUUAUUUUUUUUGGUUUGUUUUGUUUACUGCUGUAAUCCCUCUGUAGGAAUACUUUAGUUUGGAUAACUUGAAGGAAAAGCAUCCAGCCAUUUCAUGUCACUUUAUUUUAAUUUUUUGUGGUGUAAUAAUAUCUGCUGCAGUGUUUUUGCUGUUCAGCUACACUAACUCUUUAUUUAUGUAACAAGCUGUAAAAAAAACAAAAAAACAACAAUGUCUCCUUCACUGUAAUAGUCAUUGUUAUGUCUGAAUGAUGAGCUUGUAAAGAAUCUUAAAAAAAGAAAAGAAAGCACUUUAUUCAACAUGAGACGACACUGGACUUGUCCAACCUGCUCUAUUAUUUAACUUUGUGUGUUGUCCAACAAAUGCUGCGUUCAUGUCGCACAGUAACAAUGAUUUCUCUCUCGAACAUUUUUGUUUCCGUUUACUUUUGUUAUUUAAGCUUUAUGCCUGUAAUUUCAUAGCUGCAAAACAAGACUGCAGAUAAAGAUACAAAUAUCCACUGUUUUUUUUUUAAAUCGGUUUAUUUGUAUAAUUGUUAGUAAUUUGGUCAUUUGACUCUUGUCAGAGAUUUACUUAAAUUUGUUGAAAACUCAUUUUAGCGUAAAUCUGUACAUUUAUUUCAGAUUAAUAAUAUUAAUUAAAACAGGCAAAUUUUCCUACUUAAACUAGGGCAAGUGACAAAUUAUGCACAGAUGUUUUGUCCUCGGUUUGCAAAGUCUGACUUGCCGAAGGUUAGUUUUGAACAGAGUCAAAAUGCUCAAACUUGAGAGACUUUCAUUGGUCUCGAGUUUACUUCUGGUUUCCCACUGGACCUGAAUGCAGCAUCAAAGCUUCCCUGUUACUCCUCUGAGCGGUUGUGGUUAAACACUCUGGGUACUGCGGAUGUUCUGUGAGUUUGCAAACAUUUUCUGUUCACCGUAAAACAAAUCAAACGCAAGUGGUAGUUUAAAAUAAAAGAAGCUUGUAUUCCUGUUUUAUUUGGUCAUCUCACUCCUCCGCCUCUCAUCACCGAUUAUAGUUCUCAUCCGUCACUUGGCUGAGGCGAUUUGAAUGCUGCUGAAAUAAAGACUCACAAAAAUCAUGAA